CUUUCAAGUUUUGUUUAACCAGUUGAAAUAUAUUUCUCCGAGGAGACGGACACACGAUCACUAAACCCAGAUAAUUCAAGAUUAAAAACUUCUCUGAUUGCUGUGCUUUAUGUGGACUAGGAUAGAAAAACCCAGACUCCCCAGACACUGGAUAAUCUGAACCUUUUGGUGUCAACUGAAGUCUCUUCGUUAAAAAAAUGAUUAUUCUGAGCUAAAAGGAUGAGGAUUGAAUUCAUCCUCCUCCUUCUUCUCCCCUACUACAACCUGGCGAGGAAGAACCGACGAGGGGAGGAUGAAGAUGAGGAUGGGAGCCGGGGGCGUCUCCGUAGCUCCCGAGGACUAGUCCCGCAGCUGCUCCCAAACUAUACAGAACCUGAGCUGCCCCUGGCUGCUGAUGUGGGUUGCAACUACGCGUUUAUGUCCUGCGCGUAUAGAGAUGGUUGUGGAGCAGCUCUGCAGCAGUAUGAGUUGACCUGCAGCGAGCUUGUCAGCGGUAUAACAGAAACCUGUUCUAGAAGUUGUCAGCAUGCUCUCAUAGCUCUCCUUUCAACCCCAGAAGGAGAACGAAUGAUGGAAUGUAAAUGUGAAAACAAUGAUUGUGAACUAAAAAAGACAAGAAUAGAACCAUGUAGGUCAGCUGUAACCUGGCAAUCAGACCCUAACACGCUUGUCAGCUGUUCAGCUGCUACUUGGAUCUGUCUAGCAAACCCUCUCUGUGCUACUGCGCUAGAUUACUAUAACAGGAACUGUAAGGCGAUGUUUAAAGGAAGAAAAUGUUCGAGAAAAUGUCGCAAUUCCCUUGAUAUUUUGCUGCGACAAGAAUCUGCGGGAAAACUCGCGACUUGUUUCUGCGACGGAACGGAGGAGUUCGACUGUGCGACAAUCAGGGAGAAUACCGACACGCUUUGCUUUGGAAAGAAGAAAGAGGUUGAAACUCAAGUCGAGAUCGACAAUACGAUCCAGGGAGCUUCGACGGCAUCUUCAAGAAAACGACCGCUAUUUGUGGCUGUUUUUUCAAUUAUCAUUUCCUACUUAAUUCCCGAGACAGUUUCUUCAUUACGAUCUCUUCUAACGAUCACUUUAUGAUCUUUACUGAUCAAUUCUUUUGUUGUGAAAACAAAACAUUAGCAAUCAUGAAUUCUAUAUCUUGAAGAACAUAAUAGUGACUGAAGAUAUAUAUAAUGAACAUUGCACAGUAUGUACAGUGUACACUGUACAGCUUAUUUCCAUUUGUUGCCAAAACUAGCUCUGUGAUAUUUAUUGAUUAGAUAGUAAUUAUAUAUAUUUGCUUUCAGUAUAUUGAGCAUCUUGGUUUUUAAUCCUCGUAACUUUUUCUUGACCUCUCGAUACGUAGAAAUCUGUCUUUUCUGAUAUGCGUAGAAAUCUGUCUAUUCUAAUCUGCGUAGAAAUCUGUCUAUUCUAAUCCGCGUAGAAUUCUGUCUAUUCUAAUCUGCCUAGAAAUCUGUCUAUUCUAAUCUGCGUAGAAAUCUGUCUAUUCUAAUCUGCGUAGAAUUCUGUCUAUUCUAAUCUGCGGGUUUAUAUGCAUUCUUUGAGCCUUAGCCCUUCAUGAAAACUUAAGCCCUAUGUUUGCGCAUUUUUCAUGGAAUUAAAAAUAUCAAAUCUAAACUCGGGGGCCCUCUUUCUUUCUGCUAGCUUUCUAUCUAAAAUCUCUCCAUUUAUAUCCCCCUCCCACUAUACUUCUCCAAUUUUCAUGUCAAAGUCCUUGUUAUUUCAUUUAAACUUAGUUCAUGUGUAUUUCCGGACAUUUUUAGCAUUCUUUUUAUUUCUACCCUCUCAAACCCUGCUAAUUCAAACUCUAUUCCUUUCUUCUAUAUUUUCUUCUGUUCAGCCUUUCUUCAGAUUCUUCUGUUGAACCUUUCUUCCUUUCUUUUUUAACCCGGUUUUAAUGGUAUUAUUAAUAUUGUAUUCAUUCUGAUUUAGUUUUGUUUAAUCACUGUCAUUCAUCCUGAAUAAAUACUUGUAAGCGUA